CGCGCAUGCGCAGUAGGAAGCCAUACGGAUCCGCUUUAAAUCACACAGAAGACAACGCUCCCCCGAAGACCUUUGGAUAUCCUCGCAUUCCUUCCAUUUCUUAAAUUAGCCCCGCUCAGCUUCGAGAUACCGCCGCCAAUUUCAGUGUCGGUACGGAGCCGCCAGGCCGGGACAGAGACGGAGAGAGAGCCCUCGGCCAUGGAAGCGCUCGGACCCGGCCCGCCUGCUCCCACCUCCCUCUUCCAGCCCCCGCGUCGGCCCGGCUUGGGCACCGUGGGGAAGCCCAUCCGUCUGCUGGCCAACCACUUCCAGGUGCAGAUCCCCAAGAUCGACGUCUACCACUAUGACAUCGACAUCAAGCCGGAGAAGCGCCCCCGCAGAGUCAACAGGGAGGUGGUGGACACCAUGGUGCGGCACUUCAAGAUGCAGAUCUUCGGGGACCGGCAGCCUGGCUACGAUGGCAAGAGGAACAUGUACACAGCCCAUCCGCUGCCCAUCGGGAGAGACCGGGUGGACCUGGAGGUGACGCUGCCAGGCGAGGGGAAGGAUCAGACCUUUAAGGUGUCUCUGCAGUGGGUGUCGGUGGUCAGCCUGCAGAUGCUCCUGGAGGCGCUGUCUGGCCACCUGAACGAGGUCCCUGAGGACUCCGUGCAGGCCCUGGAUGUCAUCACGCGACACCUGCCCUCCAUGAGGUACACCCCAGUGGGCCGCUCCUUCUUCUCUCCCCCGGAGGGGUACUAUCACCCCCUGGGUGGUGGGCGGGAGGUGUGGUUCGGCUUCCACCAGUCAGUCCGUCCUGCCAUGUGGAACAUGAUGCUCAACAUUGAUGUGUCGGCGACCGCGUUCUACCGCGCCCAGCCGGUCAUCGAGUUCAUGUGUGAGGUGCUGGAUAUCCAGAACAUCAACGAACAGACCAAGCCACUCACUGACUCUCAGCGUGUCAAGUUCACCAAGGAGAUCCGCGGCCUGAAGGUGGAAGUGACGCACUGCGGGCAGAUGAAGAGGAAGUACCGUGUGUGCAAUGUCACCCGUCGCCCUGCCAGCCAUCAGACGUUUCCGCUGCAGCUGGAGAACGGUCAGGCCAUGGAAUGUACGGUGGCGCAGUAUUUCAAACAGAAAUACAGCCUGCAGCUGAAAUACCCCCACCUGCCCUGCCUCCAGGUGGGGCAGGAGCAGAAGCACACCUAUCUGCCCCUGGAGGUGUGUAACAUCGUGGCAGGGCAGCGUUGCAUCAAGAAGCUAACAGAUAAUCAAACCUCCACCAUGAUCAAAGCCACCGCACGCUCCGCUCCUGACAGACAGGAGGAGAUCAGUCGCCUGGUCAAAAGCAACAGCAUGGUGGGCGGGCCUGACCCCUACCUGAAAGAGUUUGGCAUUGUUGUGCACAAUGACAUGACGGAGGUGACUGGGCGGGUCCUCCCAGCGCCCAUGCUGCAGUAUGGGGGCCGGGUGAGUACAGACACUGGGAGGGACUGUGGCAGGAACAAAACGGUGGCCACGCCCAAUCAGGGCGUGUGGGACAUGAGGGGGAAGCAGUUCUACGCCGGCAUCGAGAUCAAGGUGUGGGCCGUCGCCUGCUUCGCCCCUCAGAAGCAGUGCAGAGAGGACCUGCUCAAGAGCUUCACGGACCAGCUUCGGAAGAUUUCCAAGGACGCUGGGAUGCCCAUUCAGGGCCAGCCAUGUUUCUGCAAGUACGCGCAGGGAGCGGACAGCGUGGAGCCCAUGUUCAAGCACCUCAAGAUGUCCUACGUGGGCCUGCAGCUCAUCGUCGUCAUCCUGCCGGGGAAAACCCCUGUCUACGCGGAGGUGAAGCGGGUGGGAGACACCCUCCUGGGGAUGGCCACACAGUGCGUCCAGGUGAAGAAUGUGGUGAAGACCUCCCCUCAGACCCUCUCCAACCUCUGCCUCAAGAUCAACGCCAAGCUGGGCGGCAUCAACAAUGUGCUGGUGCCCCAUCAGAGGCCCUCAGUGUUCCAGCAGCCGGUGAUCUUCCUGGGGGCGGAUGUGACGCACCCCCCGGCUGGUGAUGGGAAGAAGCCCUCGAUCGCGGCGGUGGUGGGCAGCAUGGACGGGCACCCCAGCCGCUACUGCGCCACGGUGCGGGUGCAGACCUCCCGGCAGGACCUGUCCCAGGAGCAGCUCUUCAGCCAGGAGGUCAUCCAGGACCUGACUAACAUGGUGCGCGAGCUGCUCAUCCAGUUCUACAAGUCCACCCGCUUCAAGCCCACGCGCAUCAUCUACUACCGGGGCGGCGUCUCCGAGGGACAGAUGAAGCAGGUGGCGUGGCCGGAGCUGAUCGCCAUCAGGAAGGCGUGCAUUAGUUUGGAGGAGGACUACAGGCCGGGGAUCACCUACAUCGUGGUGCAGAAGCGCCACCACACCCGACUCUUCUGCUCUGACAAGGCAGAGAGGGUGGGAAAGAGUGGCAACGUUCCUGCUGGUACCACGGUGGACAGCACCAUCACGCACCCCUCUGAGUUUGACUUCUACCUGUGCAGCCAUGCGGGCAUACAGGGCACCAGCCGCCCCUCGCACUACCACGUCUUGUGGGACGACAACUGCUUCACGGCGGACGAGCUGCAGCUGCUCACAUACCAACUGUGCCACACCUACGUGCGCUGCACCCGCUCCGUCUCCAUCCCCGCGCCCGCCUACUACGCCCGCCUCGUGGCCUUCCGCGCCCGCUACCACCUGGUGGACAAGGACCACGACAGUGCGGAGGGUAGUCACGUUUCAGGUCAGAGUAACGGUCGGGACCCUCAGGCCCUGGCCAAGGCGGUCCAGAUUCACUAUGACACCCAGCACACCAUGUACUUCGCCUGACGGACACCAGCAGAGGGUGCUCUCCUUCUCUCUCUCUCUCUCUCUCUUUCCCUCUCUCUGCCUGUUUCUGUCUUUCUCUUGCUCUCUCUGCACCAAAGCGGUUAUGAAGCCAGAGGAUCCGGUCAUCUGUCCAGCCGAAACGCCCGGUUCCAAUUCAAGCCGCCUCUUACCAGCAAUCCCAGGAUUCUCGGACGCACUGAGAGACCAUUGGUUUCUGAUGCACAGAGGGAAAAAAAAAAACACAUUGAGCCAUUUUUUGUUUGUCUUUCGCAUGGAUUUUUUUUUUGUUUUUUGUUUUUGUAAGAUACACUGAGCAUGAGCAGAUGGGAGACAGCUCUCUUUCUUACAACUUACCGAGACUUUUCAUUUACCUCAAGCCUGAACGGGCUGAAGUCACACUGUCUAGGGGUGGGAGUGGGGGCGGCGGGAGGGGGAGGGUAUCUGCAUGUAAAGGGGCAGGGGGAUUGAUUGCUAUGUGAGGGAUUUCUUUUUCUUCAUGGUUGUGUGUUCUCUCCUUUUUUAACUUUUACAAGCGAGGUGACCUGUGUAUCCACACCCAUUUCUCUUCUCCUGUGUUGUGCAGAAUGAGUGUUUACUUGCGUGUGCAUUUCAUGGCGGGCCACUGAAUUGUAAAGGAAGGUCAAGGAGAUAACUGCUGUACAUGCCUCAGAUUUAAUGUUUUUAUAUACAUAUAUAUAAUUAUACACAUCUAUAUAAACAGAUUUAAAUAGAUGAUUCUGCUGGCUCGGUGAAGCUGGUGGUUGUGUGUAGCAGUAGCAGCGUCUGUGUUCUGGCCUGUGUAGGGCGUGUGGCGGGGGUGGUGGCGGGGGGGUGGACAUUGCACGUUUGCACAGGCUAAAUGAGACCUGCGGGGGGGGGGAGGUACGCAUCCCCGCCCCACCUACCCCCAACCCCCUCUGUUUCCGCCCAUUUACAGCACUGACGAGGGAGGCCAGACAAACAAAGAGGGCACUCUCCUUUAUUAUCUUUAUGCAUUUAUAAAUAAAAACAAAAACAGAUUUGUAAGAGAUUAAUAUAAAAACGUUUUGUGGCUAUCUUAACUGUUGUUAGAGUAGGCUAUCUUUGUUGGUAUUAUUAUCAUUAUUGUAAUUAAUGAUGUGUUCAAAAGCCCAGGGCUCAGUGUGGGGUCUGUUGAAGAACUGGUGGGGGGGGUGGGGGGAUUAAUUGAGUUUGUCUGUAAUUGGAAAAAUUGUGGGGGGGUCUGUGUGGGCUCCUGAAGUCUGGCUCUUUUAGGUUCCUUUGGUUCCUGGUGUGUUUGUACUCUUCAGGCAUGGGAAUGAGAAGGCUGAUGGGGAGUUUGUGGUGAGGGUAGUGGUAGCCUAGGGUUAUGCCCCGUCAGCUAAACAGAGGGAUCACCUAUCUACUGUUGACAGCAUGGGGGAUCGGCUGGUUGUAUCUUGCACUGUGAGUGGGGGAGGGGGGUCACGGUUAGAAAGGAAGAUCAAUGACAAUCGGAUCAUGGAAUACGGGGGCUGUAGGGGGAACAGGGGGGUAGUCAAUGAUUUGAAUUUUAGACUUAUAACGUGUUUCUAUUACUGUUUGUGUGUAUUUCAACAUGUAUAUCUAUAAAAGACUAUACUUAUGGUGUUUUUUUUUUUUUUUUUUU